CGUUUGUUUACAUCACGAUGACGGAGGCGAUUUCCUCCUCUCCGUGAAUCGUCUUUCUCUUUUUAUCGCUCUGACUCGAAGACACUGAGAUACAUAAGAGAUGUUGUCCCCAAAUGUCCCAGAGUUCGUUCCAAGAGGAAUGCAACCCACAGGCCCAGCCGGAGGAUAUGAGCGGACUAUUCCACCUGCGGCUGAAAGGCACCACACAAGCCAGAGCUCCAUCCAGACAAUCAAAGCAGAGAGAAGGGAGGAAGAUGGGCAGCGGAGACGAGUGCAAAAUGCCGCUUUGCUAGAACCAGAGAGAAGAGAUUUAAAAGAGUCCUUUGGUGGAAAGAAGGUGGGUGGCUCGAACAGAGGCAGGCAUGGGUCAUACAGUUCUCACGCAAGAGAGAGAGACAGUCUUCGAAGCUAUGACAACUGGAGGCAGAGAGCGGAUGAGACUCCAGCUGACAGACAAGGUUCUUAUUUCAAGAGCACAAGGAGACCCACCAAGGGUGAUCCAGAAGGAGACUGCAACAAAAAUAGGAGUCAACAUGGAAAACCGCGUCCCUGGAGGCAGAAAGGUGAAAGUCAAGAAAGGGAGAAUGUCCUGAAUAAAGAAGGAAAGAAAACUGUAGGGAGAGGGAAGAGCAUAGCCUUAGGGCCAACCCAUGCCACAGAGACCCAGUCCCAUUCAUAUUGCAAGCCAGGUGUCAGUUAUGGCAAAAUCCUUGCUGGUGAUUUUGCCUGGGUGGAAAGACUGCACUGGUUGGAGAUGGAGAUAAUCACCCAAAAAACCCUCUAA